AUGGCCGACGCCCCCAACGAGCCCCCCUACGGCGACGAGCAUCGGUCGAGAGGCAAACCCCGACGCACCUACACGCCGUACAAGACGGAGGGUCUCAGCGCCCUCUCGCCCCGCGCGCUCUACGACAUGCCGACCUCGCAGGAGCUGCUGUUCCACGAGGAGCAGUGCAAGGGUCGCACCUGGGGCGAGAACCUCACCUUUUACACUGGCUGCGCGUCGGAGGCAGCCGUCGGGCUGCGCCGCGACCGAGUCCCAGCGUGUUGGGGGCCUAGGUUAGACACAGCACCAGCCACCACUGACCUAUCCGCGCCACCACCCCACCCCGUCAACCUGCCCGGCUGCAUGGCCUCCUCCUCGUCCCCUACCUCCGUUGUUGCCGCGUGGCCGCGUUCAGGCAAGCACCGCGGCGCGGCCGCCGUGGUCCGCCGCGCGCAGCUCGUCCUGUCGCGCGACGUCGGGUGGUGCGGGCAACGCGCGUGGCGGAAGCUGCUCAGGCGGCUGGCGCAGGAGACCAAGUGCAUCUGCAGCUCCCCGACGGCGGCCACGGGCGGCAGGCCCAUCACGUUCGGCUACGACGCCGCCAGCUACGCCAAGAACUUCGACGACGGGCGCAGCCCCGCGCGUGCCGCCCCCGUCGUUGUCGUCGCCGAUGCGGCAGAUAAGCCGAGCGGCAACUGAUCCGAUCGACGUUCUUCUCUCCCCCUCGUCGAUCCCCUUCCGAUCUUUUUUUUGGGUUCUCUUUAAUUGUUUUCCUCCAUGCUUUUAUUUCCUUCUCUUUCUAGCGCCUCCCUUGUGAUGGUGAUAUUGGUGUUGUAAUGGCCUCAUCAAUACCCCAUACAUAUUUAGCACUUUGUACAUAGCUUUGGAGAUAAACAUGACUGGAGUUUGGCCAAAUGCA